CAGCGGCCAGACGAAAGAAAUAGUCUUGCGAGGAAAAGCUUUGCUAAGCUCUUUCUGUUUACUUUUUAAAAUACGCGCCGUGAAAGCCUUGUAAUCUGAUCUAAGAUUAAAAUUUCACUUCGCCAACCCUCUGUGGAGGUUAAAAGAGUUCCAAUAUGACUUGGUAUGUCAUUACUUUGCCCGAUUCGACCACGCAAGAAUUUGAGUUACCUGAGAGGUCUAAAGGAGAAGACCUACUUGACGCAGUUUGCGAAAGACUCGAAGUCAUCGAACACGACUAUUUUGGUUUGCAGUACAACGGUCCAAAAGAUGAGAAACUCUGGCUUAAUCGACGAAACAAAAUUGUUCGUCAGUUGCCAGGAUCCCAACCAUACAGACUACGUUUUCGUAUGAAAUUCUUUGUCAAACCGCAUUUACUUGUCGAGGACAACACAAAGCAUUACUGUUUCCUAACAUGCAAAAAAGACUUCGAGGAAAGCGCUACAACUCACAACGAUGAACAAACGAUACGAAUACAUGCGUUAAUCUUACAAGCAACCUUUGGGGAUUUUGAGCGGGCGACCUUUACAAGACAUCGUCUUAACUGGUCGGCCGACUUUUCACAUUCCGUGGCGGUUCAGUAUUCAAAAUUAGCAGGAAUGAAAACUUCAACAGCUGAAUACAACUGCUUGAAAGAGUUUUCCUCCCUGGAAGAUUUUGGCUAUGAGUACUACAACGUUAAGACCGAUGAUAAAACUGUCCAUUCUGUUGGUGUCGGUCGUGAAGGACUCCGGUUUUGCGAUGCAACCGGCUCUGUUAUCAGAAGGGUUGCUUAUGGUGCUUUGAAUAAAGCAUGGAGAGAAAACAGAUGUUUCGCUUUGGUGCUGCUAAAUGAUGAUGGAACGCUUUGUGAAUACGACUUGAGGCUCGGAACAGCUGAAGCAUGCAUCCAGCUAUUUAGAUCAGUGACAGAAUCCCACUCAUUCUUCAGCUGUGAGACUGUAAACUCGACCGUACGAAACCAAUUCACCAGGGACUUUAAAGAUUCAAUAAUCUCCUUUUUUAGCGAGGAAACAUCAGAGAAACUUUACACAUUUGAUGUUGAUAAAACUGUUAUUGAAGUGCAUGACCACAUACGACGAGUUUUGUACAAGGAGCAACAGGAUGCAUCUGAGUUGGAAGAACUACCAUCCACGGAAGAAUGCCAGUGUACUACAACAGAGUGUGAGUGUACAACAGAGUCAAACUCCAUGGAAAAUUCGGAUGCACAAAACAUUGGCCAAUUGAAACAGAGACUUGAUAACAUACAACAGGCAUUUGUUUGCAAGAUCUGCAUGGAUGCGAAGAUCGACACGGUUUUGAUACCAUGCGGACAUUGGGUUUGCUGCCAAGCUUGCGGUCAGAGUAUCCGCAAGUGCCCUUUGUGCAGAAGUGAUAUUACUUUGCAACAGAGAGUGUACAUGGACUUGCCUGGAGUGUUUGAUAGUGUUCAUGCUGAAUAAGUUACCAUCAGUGAACUGGUUACCAUGCUAUGCGCGAUGAACAUGAUACACUAUUGCUGUUUCAUUACCUGGGUUUCAUAGAUCUAGAAAGCUGGUGAAUUCAGUGGUAAUGAUUUGAAUCAAUGGGGGAUUCAAUGUAAUGCCCUGUAGAAGAAACGUGAACAAGGCAUAUAGGCCAUUUCACUAGCAAAUACAUUUUACGAUUUAGGUUUUAGACAUACAUCUUCACAGCGUAAUGCUGAACUAUUCUUAUUUAAUGCAUACAAUUGUAGACGAAAUAUUUAUAUGGGUUUUUAUUAGCAUGGGGUUUUUAGACUAGUAUUUAUUUUCAUAAGCAUUAGAGGGUUGUGUAUAGCAUAAUAGCUUAAUUGUAUCAAUAAGAAAGUGUAAAAUUAACAUUAAUUGGGAAGUUGUUAGGAGUUGGCCAGACUUCUGGCUCAACAUUAUCAUUUUAAACUCUUUGCAUGCUAUAUGUAACGCGCUGUAUCUGAAUAUCCUAGAAUUUUAGGGCUAAUCAGUGUUGAUCAUUGUGGCUUAACAGAGAGUUCUAUGGCAUAUAUGAAAUAAUGGUAUAGCAUGUAAAGUAAUAAUGAUAAUUAAA